AUAGGAUACUGAGGUCCCGCUGAUGUCUGCUUUCCAAGGUCCAGACUACAGCCCCAACUUAGCGCCAGUCCAGAGGAGGGCCACCCACAUGCCCCACUCAACGCUGCCUGAGCUGGCUUCUCGCACCUGCAGCGCCGCCCUGGCGGUAGGGCAAGCGCAGAGACUCAAGGCCUUUCGGCGGGCCGCCGCGCAUGCUCCGUCCUGCGCGCAGCCUCCCGGAGCCAGGGGGCGCACUCCUCUCUCUGGCCCCGCCCCCGGAGCGGUUGGGAUUUGAAUCUCUGGCGGGCUGCGGCCGGAAGAACCGACCCCUCAGCCUGGCAUGGAGAGACGGGGAGCCAGCGGACGAUGCACAGUUCAAGAGCAGCGUGCCCGUUGGGAGCGGAAACGCGCCUGCACUGCCCGGGAGCUGCUGGAGACCGAGCGGCGCUACCAGGAACAGCUGGGGCUGGUGGCCACGGUGCGGCCGCGCACGCCCUCCCGUAUGGGGCGGGGACCCCAGGGUAUGGGAGGGUCUCUGCGAGGUCGGUGACCCCGAGUAUAGUGGGUCUUGGGCCGUCCGCUUGCAUUUAGGGAGCUCAGGCAUUCUAGUUUCUAGCAGCGGCUUGGCAUUAGCCUCCUCUUCCGGCAGAUUAUAUACCCGUACUCUCCUUCCGCAGUACUUCGUGGGGAUUCUGAGAGCCAAGGGCACCCUGCGACCAGCAGAACGUCAGGCCCUGUUUGGGCCCUGGGAGCUCAUUUACGGCGCCAGCCAAGAGCUGCUUCCCUACCUCGAAGGAGAGCACUGGGGACAGGGGCUGGAAAGCUUCUGCCCCCACCUGGAGCUCUACACCCAAUUUGCUGCGAAUGCAGAGAGGUCCUGGACCACCCUGCAGGAGCAACUAAAGAAAAACAAACGUUUCCGGAGGUUUGUGCGACUUCAGGAAGGCCGCCCUGAGUUUGGGAGCCUUCAUCUUCAGGACCUGCUCCCUCUGCCUCUGCAGAGGCUCCAGCAGUAUGAGAAUCUUGUUGUGGCUUUGGCUGAAAACACAGGUCCCAACAGCCCUGACCAGCAACAGCUCACACGGGCUGCCCGGCUGAUAAGUGAAACCGCCCAGAAAGUCUACAGCAUUGGUCAGAAACAGAAGAAUGACCAGCACCUCCGGCGUGUUCAGGCUUUGCUAAGUGGCCGCCAGGCAAAGGGGCUUACCUCAGGUCGCUGGUUCCUACGCCAGGGCUGGCUAUUGGUAGUGCCUCCCCAUGGGGAACCCCGGCCCCGAAUGUUCUUCCUCUUCUCCGAUGUGCUCCUCAUGGCCAAACCUCGACCCCCACUGCACCUACUGCAGAGUGGCACCUUUGCCUGCCGUGCCCUCUACCCCAUGGCACAGUGUCAACUCCACAGAGUCUUUGGCCACUCAGGAGGCCCUUGUGGUGGACUGCUCAGUCUGUCCUUUCCCCAUGAGAAGCUACUGCUUAUGUGCACAGACCAGGAGGAGCUGUUGCACUGGCACCACAGUUUGACUCUGGCCAUCAGCAGCCAGAAGAACUAGAAGAAUCUUAAUUCCAGAACCCAGUUUACUUUAGAGACAAGUCAAAGUCAGAGGAGUACAAAGAAAUCUUCAAUACUAACUAAACAAAACACACACAACACUUCAUGGUUGGAGAAGGGUCAUUUCGGGUUUGCUUGAGACCAAGCCGUGCCAGCUCAUCUGACCAGCCCUUGAGAAUCAGGAAACCAAGUCCCACCCUGGUGAAGCUCUGCUGAACCAGCCCCUUCAAUGCAGAUGAGGGAAUUUAGGACUGAUUAAGCUCAGUGCUGGGUCCCUGGGUGGUUGUUUAUCAGGACUGCAGCCUUGUAAACGUGGAUGUUUUUAUGUUGAAUACAGUUUCUGUAAUUUAUUUUUCCACUGCAUUUUAGUAAACAUUUUUUUUCUUCCCCUUUUUGGAAAGGCCUUUCUGUCUCAGCUCUGCAGUAAGGGAAAGAGAGGUGUUUGUGCCCUGAAGGCUGCCCUGCUGGUGGCCUCAGGAAUACAAGGAAAAGAGCUGGAGCUCCCUCUCUCUCUCAGCUCUCACACUGGAAGGUGGCCUCUUUUUAUCCUAAUAAGGGAAGCUUUUCAGGAA